ACCAGCUGUUGACAGUGAUGGUCCUACUAGUCUGUCUGGUGGUCUGGGCUUUCACUCUGCCAGUAACGGAGAGCCCUGGAAGAGUCCUGGCCCCUUGAAGCUUUCCUUCACUUGAUGACCCCACUGUGAGCCAGAGGGAUUUCUUCUAUAUUUCUUGCUGGGCCAGUGAUUGAUAUCAUAUGGCCUAAGCUCGCCCUGAGCUGACAGGAAUGGUAAAGUAAGUAGCCGUACCAGGCCAGGCCCAGACCGAAGAUGAGCAGUAGAGCUACCAGACCCCGCAGCCGGCGGGGGAGGGCGCCACCCCCAGGGGAGCUGGACCCUGUGGUGGAGAGCACUGAAGAGACAGACCUGGGAAUCAGCGUUGGGUCAGAGCAAGCCCCCAAGCUGCCCCAGGAAGAAUCACUGGCAGAGCACCUGAUCACCACUGCAGAGCCCAGCAGCCAAAGCAACUGUCUACAGCCGGACACACCCAGGGAUGGUCAGAUAGAAGCCUCAGAGCCCAGCAGCCAUUCUGGAAAGCUGUCCACGAUGCCGACCUCACCCCUUUCUCAGUUCCACCAGCCCUCAGGAGAGGAUGCCCGGGAAGGGCACGGCCCCAACCUGUACCUGGCUCUGCAGCAGGCCGUUGAGUCUUUGGAGAAGGCGGCAGCGACUUGUCGCCAACAGGCCUCCAGCCUCCUGGUCUCAACUACGCUAGGCUCGGAGGAGCAGGGCAAGGACAAACCAUGGCCUCUGCAAAGACUGGAGGAGUUGGUCAGGGGCUGGCACCCUAUAGGCCAAGAAGAGGGGCUGCCUGAGCAGGAGAGGAUCCGCUACAAACAGGAGGCUCUGAGCCUGACUGAGCAGAAUGCCAGUCUUCGGAGUUCUCUGAAAAGCACGGAGGAGGAGCUGGCCCAGGAUCAGGCCUCCCUACAGGCCUUUCAGGAUGAAAAGGAGAAGCUACAGAGACAGGUCUGGGAGCUGCAUGAAUCUCUACUGAAGCUCGAUUUAUCUCCAGCACUCCCCCUUAGCCAGGACAGCUCUGUGAGCAGAUCCAGCAGCCCAGGGCCAGAUGGGGUGCUCUGGGGGGCCCAGCAACUACAAAGUAUUUCCAGCCCUGUGAUCCCAGCACCCCUCACACCAGAGCUGCAGGACCUGGAGGCCCAAAUGGAACAGCUCCGGAGGACUAUCCAGAGGCUAAAAUGCUUCAACCAAAUGAUGCUGGGGGCCCUGCAAUCCUGCAAGGGCUACUCAGAGGGGCUGAGCAUGCAGCUGGGACAGAGGGAGGCCGAGACUACUGCCCUGCACCUAGCCCUGCAAUACAGUGAGCAGUGUGUGGAGGCCUAUGGGGUGCUGCUAGCCCUACGGACAGUCGACACGAGAGCCAUGCCAGGUCCACAGGCCAGAGGAGGCAGGACAGAGUCAGCCAUGGCAGUGGCACAGCGACUCUUGUCUGAGGAAGACCCCACAGAGGCUGGCAUCCUGGCUCGUGUCUACGUAAGCCCUGAGGGCAGCAGUGUGGAUGCACCCACAGAACUGGAGGUAGCAGCACUCCUGCAGGGCUAUAUUGGGAGGCUCCGGGCACACCAAGCCCUGGUGAAGGUGCCCCCAGAGCCAGACCCUAGACCAGGCCAGGGGCCCAGUGUGCUUCGGGAAGAAGCCAUCUUCCAGGCCAUGCUGGAGGCUCAGCCUGACCUGGAGCUGCCAAGGCUGGAAAAGACGCAGAUUCAGCAAGAGUUGGCCACCAUGAGGGAGGCCCUGAUGGACCUGACACUGAAGCUACAGCUGGUGAAGAAGCAGAAGCGGGCACUGGAGCUAAGAGAUGCAGCCCACCGGGCACAGGGCACUCUCUACCUCCUACUCCUAGAGCAGCUGCGGUGGCAGCUGGGCCAGUGCAGACCCCACGAUACCCUCAGCUCGGGCAGUGACAGUGACAGCGACAGCAGCUGUGGAGCAUGGGCUUCUGGAGAUGGGGACCAGAUAACCUGGCUAGGGGGAGCCCGGGACUCAGAGGACAUGCUGCAGGAGCUCAGUAGUUCCCUGACUCGGACCCAGGAGUUAGAAGGACAACUGAAGGAGCUGCAGGCUUCACUGGAGCGGAUGGCCCAGGAUGAGCGGGCCCAGCGAGCCCAGUGUGUGGAGCUCACCAAUGACUUCUGCAAGGCCCACAGUGCCCUGGUGCUGGCCUUCCGGGGAGCCCAACGGAAGCAGGAGCAGCAGCAGCAGAGCCUGGACCAGCAGAUAGCGCAGAUGGCGGCCUGUCAGGAGGAGGAGCUGGAGUCCCUGGCCCAAGCCGCCCAGGCUCUAGAGAGCUCAGGAGUCCUCUUGCCCUGGGGAGAGACUUCUCUCUAAAGACUCCAGCCUCUUCCUCCCUGCCCCACCCCCAUCCUCAAUUCCCUGUCUAAUCACCAGCAUGCCUAGUUGUGUUCAGCCACCCACUCUGCACCAACAAAAACAAUUCUAGCCAGGGUCUCUCCACCAGACCCUGCCACCCCUUUGGGAAGGAGAGGUUGGGGGGAAUAGAUGGGAUGGGCUCCUUUCUGAUAAGGUCAUAUUAUUGAGAGCUAGAAGAGACUUUGGAGCUUUUUUCUUACAGAUAAGGAAACUAAGGCCCUGACUUUUUGGACUAGGAUCCAUCUGGAGGGGGCACUUCCUGUGUCUGCUGUUGCUCCUGGCCAGGCCUAUGGAUCAUCUGUGGAGCUGCAGGAUGGCAGAGCCAACCAGGGCCUGUCCUAUCCAUCCCUCUCUCAAGGCCAUGCCUACCCACCUGGCCUCCUUUCAGACUCUUUCCUCCCUCCUCAGGCUCCCCUUCUUUGGACCUGAGCCUAGGUGCUCUCUGUCAGAGUCUGGUAUUAGGCUGGCAUACACCAAUGUCCACCUAGAGAGGGCUUGGCCUCUCUUCCCUGGUCAUCUGGUACUUUUCACUGUUUUGGAGUAGGGUUUGCUCAGACUCAGUCAUGCCCCCUCCCUGCCUACCAGCUGGUGCUCCAACAAAUGAGGCCACUGCUCUGGCCCCAGGAGCAGAUGGGAGAGGAGGAGGGUCCAGGGCUCACUGAGCAGACCCAGAGAGGAAAGAGCAUCUUAAAAGGCCAAAGAAAAUUUAUAAAAAAAAAAAAAAAGGAAGAAGGCCCCUUUUCCAGAGUUGGCAGAACCCACUGUCCUUUGGAGCAGGGAAAAGUAUGGGGCCUCUCCACCCCCCUCCUCCCAACAAACCCAGCUCUCCUCAGGAACUUUCUCUACAGAAGGUUGGCUUCUGCUGCCUUGAUUGCUUCCAGACCUGCUCAUUACCCCCUACUCAGUCUUCCCCUUCUAUUUCUUGGCCCCUCUUUAGAUAUUUAGACUCUUUAGAGUCCUGUUUUUUCCUUGAAGUCUCCCCAUCCUAAGCUCACAGGCUCUGUCGGACAGCUGCUAAGCUCUGGAGCACCUCUGCAGAGUCCCUGAUGGGCAGCUCCAGUGAGGCUUUGUUAUCUAAUUUCUCUGAAUAAAUCAUCUCUCUCUAA